AUGGAGAAUCAUUACUUAAAUUUGAAUGAAGCAAAGUCAUAUUUAAAUAAUUCUACCCUAUUAACAAAGAGUAUACAAACUAUUAUAAAAGAAGAAGAGAAUUGUAAUGUCAAUGAUAAUAAUAACCAAAAUUCAGAAAUAAUUUCUGUCAAUUCUGAUAUUAACAGAAGUGGUCCUGUUGAUUACUUCACUGUUACAAAGACUGAUGAAUUUUCUGAGAUUAUGAAGCAGGACACUAUGUUGACUUCAUAUUUAAUCUCCAAUCAGGAGAAUAUUGAGAGGAAAGAGUAUUCUGAGAGGGAGAUUACUUACAAUCUGUUAUUACGUAGACUGGUUGAUGAAUAUCUCGACAGAAAAAUCACUUACUCACACCAACCAAAGUAUAUACUGGAUAUUUUGAAAUGCGUACUCGAGAGAAAUUUCCCUGAAUUCAGUGAUUCAUUUCAUCGUGAAAAAAUAUGCGCUUAUCUGAAAGCAUGCAGACGUAACGCUAAAAGAAGGAAUGGUGAACCGUAUGUGAGAAUGAGUGCACGUUAUCUAAGUUCUGGAAAGGCAUCCAAUUUGGCUGAAACUAUUUACCUGAAAGAGCACAGUUAUUUAAACAAUAUGAUUUCAAACACAGAAAACAAUAAGUUGAUUAGGCAAACAGCACCAAUGGUUGGUUGUCGUGAGACCACUGAAAAAGAGAUUAAAAACACAAACAAGCUGAUUCAUCAUCAAUCACAAUUACAUAAAUCUCAUCUCCAACAAGUUGACCCACAAAUUACCACUCACACAAUGAGCUAUAAUGAUGACAAUAUGAAAAUUAACAACAGUCAUGAUUUUCCUGUAAAUUCUGACGAAGAGAUUCCUACUUCAUUGAAUUCUGUUGCUCAACAAGUGAGUGAAUUUAUUAAUAUCUGACUAUUUAAUUAUGAUGUACAGCACAUAGAUGGAACUGUAUUUGUGAAAUUAUUAGAGCAAACAGCUGAAUUUCUCCAACUAAUAGCCAAUCGUCUAGAUGCUGGUCAAGAAACGUUCUCCUAAAAUAAACUUGAUAAUGUCGAAUCAUAAAAUGUGUUACUUAGAUAAAUUAUUUGUUCGUGAUGUUUAUAUUCUGUUUUGAAGUGUUUAAUUAUUACUAAAGUUUGGUCUUUUCUUAUGCACCAAUAUUG